AUGAGCUCUAACGUCAUAUCCCAACUUGUUUCGCUGAAUUUCAAGCGACAAUUUAGCGGUACUAGAGUUGCACAUUCACACAUCGGUUCUCUUCCUGUAUUCACCACGCGAGAUACAAAAUUCGAGUUGACCGAGUUAAGGCCGCCCCAUGUUAUCAGAAAGGGUAACAAAUCCUUAACCCUUUCACAAAUUCUGUCAGUAACAGGCCCCAGAGGAACGCUAUCGAUGCAGGUGCCAGAAUUCGUCAAGAUCAAUGAAGACGUUGGAAACGGCAAAAUCUCGGUUUCCGUCCAAAACGAAACCGACAAAAUGCAAAAAUCGCUUUGGGGAACUGUGAGAAGUCAUUUGAACAACCAUGUCGUUGGCGUGAACGAGGGCCACAUGGCUGUGCUGAAAUUCGUGGGGACAGGUUACCGUGCGCAACUGCAACAGGAGGGCAAAUUUGUCAGCGUGAAGGUUGGAGCGUCCAUUAUGCAGGGUCUACCGGUGCCUGACGGCAUCACCGUCACGUCACCAACGCCCACGUCGCUAAUCAUAGAAGGUUGUAAUAAACAACAGGUUUAUCUCUUCGCUGCUAACUUGCGAAAGUUUCACCCUCCUGAACCUUACAAGGGUAAAGGCAUUUACGUCAACGACGAGAAAAUUGUCCUGAAGGACAAGAAGAUCAAGUAG